GUGGUCAUCGCCGCCACCAGGCGUGCCCUGCAGGACGGCUGUCGUGUCCUGGUGGCCGGACCCAUAGGACGCGUGUGGAGCACAGACCUCGAGGAAGCAGUCCGCACCGCAAGAACUCUGGAGCGGGAUGGAAAAGAUUUCACUUUCCUCACGGUCACCAACCGCGGCGCGGCAGCCAUCAACGAAGCCAGACUGCAGCUCCAAUUUCCUCGAGCGGCCAGCGAACUCGCCAAGAGCGGAGGAGUGCCCACCGACACGGAGCCUGUCGUCCUCGAUCCCGGGAUGAGAUUGCGCUUGACCUACAACGUUGACAAAGACCGCAGCUUCGUCAACGGACAAAUGGGAACGAUCCGCCUCAUGCUCCGCCGGGACAUCUUCGUGCUGGCAUCCGACCAAGGCACGUCCAUCUUGGUGCACCCCAUCUGCGUCAAGGGCCAAAUGUUUCUUCCGGUGGCAUACGGCUGGGCCACCACCAUCCGCCGUGCCCAAG